AUGGUCAACGCUGGCAUUGCACUUUUGGCUCUGGCCGGGCCAGCCUUUGCAGGCAUUUUGCCGAACAAGGGACAUGACGAGGGUCAUUCUAGUGAUUUCGCUCAUCCUGAUCACCCUGCUCCCACUGAGCCUCACCGGUUCACCAGGACGUUCUUGACCACAUCCUGCCCAAUUUCUCUCUCGACAGUCACUUCUGGAACCAAGACUUUGACGGUUCCUAUCACUCUGACUGAGACAAUCACCAUGACUACCGUCGUUGAAGAAUUGAACACCGAGACUGCAGUGGUCGUGCCCACUGGAACUGUGUCUACCCACACUCUGGUUCCGACUUCUGUCCCCAGUCCCAACGUGACUACUAUUGUGCCGCCUCCAACGAUUGUCCCAACAGGUGUACCCGGCCAGAACACUACCAUCGUCUCACCGCCGGCUCCUUUCGCCAACAGCACUGUUCCAUCUGUUCCCACUCAGCCAGUUCCUGUUGCCCCUGGACAGCCCUCGGCUCCUAGCCAGCCUUCUGUUCCUGCUCAGUCUUCUGUUCCUGGCCGGCCUUCUGUUCCUGCUCAGCCUUCUGUUCCUGCUCAGCCUUCUGUUCCUGCUCAGCCUUCUGUUCCUGCUCAGCCUUCUCCUUCUGUUCCUGCUCAGCCUUCUGUUCCUGCUCAGCCUUCUGUUCCUGCUCAGCCUUCUGUUCCUGCUCAGCCUUCUGUUCCCAGCCAGCCUUCUGUUCCCAGCCAGCCCUCUGUUCCUGGACAGCCCUCUGUUCCUGGACAGCCCUCCGUUCCUGGACACCCCGCUCCAAGCCAGCCCACUGCUGUCUCGCCGGUGCCGCCAACCCAAACUCCUUUCAAAGGCUCUGCUUCCCAGUUCGAGCCCGCCGCCGGUCUCCUGGCUGGUGUCGUGGGUAUCAUGCUCAUGCUUUAA